UAGUUAUUAAUAAUCUCAUGCACAUUCAUCAUCUCCUUCACGGUGAUGUUUUCUCAGCUGAUAUUUCAUCUUACCAGUAAUAUCUUGGAGCACGGUGCUAGCUGAUAGUUCAUUAAAAGCUGGCGUGUAUCUACUUUCAUGUCUCCUAUGGUAUCGUAUGAUUGUCACAUAGCAACAUCUCGAAAAUCGCCUAUAAUCUUGACAAUCAGUUGGAAAGUGAGAUAAUAGGUUAAAGAAGUAACAUAUCAGUCUUGGAUGUGACUGUAUUUGCCAACAGAGGGUAUGCUUGUCCUCCAACUGGUUUACAGUUUUAUAGGAGAUGGUACGGAAUAUCGGGUAUUUAUUACGGUAACUACAUAUAUACUAUACUAUAGGGUAUCAUUAUGGCCUAUAUGACUAUAACUCGGCACUUGUAUCGACUAUUGGUCAAUAUCAAAACAUCACCAAUUUGACGAGAUGAAUUGGUUUUAUAUGAUAGGAAGUAAUUGGUUUAAAUGCUCUUGUGGUCUUGCAUGGUUUAUGGGACCUUGCGUCACUUCUAUCGUGAAAUCUAUCAUCCUCUAUAUAAUCACAAAUAGACCACAUAUCAUUCGUUAAUGUCGCCAUCAGCAUAUCAGUUUAAAGACAUAAGAUUAGAUAUUUCCAUUUUUGUUGUUCUUUAGUUUGAGUAAGAAUUACAGUGAUACAAUGACUUUAAAAUGCAAUUGGAGUAUAGUAAUGCGCGAAAGGCCUAUGCAAUAAGUUUAGUAAUGAUUGACGUUUAUCUUCUUGCAAGCUAGAGAAAUAUCGUUAGUUCACACGAGUAAAUCCAAGGGCCUGGACUCACUUCCUCUUGGGUCAAAUUAAGGGAGAAUUCCUUUGGCAUGUUGUUACAGAUAAUGUCAAAGCCUUUCCUUUUUUGAGGUUGCUUUUGUUGCUUCUGUUGGUAAGCGUUGAAGAAAGGAUUGAGCUUUGUUGAUUUUGGCAUAACUCCGCGACGCAUCUGGAAUAUUUUUAAAAUUCAAAUCCAUAUUGGUAUUAAUGUUGAUCGUUUAUUAGGAAAGGCGCGGUGUAACUGAAAUCUGGAGAAGCGAUUGACAUUGUUGGGGAAGACACCCCAACGAAAUUAAUUUCGAGGGAAGUAGAAUAUGCAAAAACCACUAUAUAAUUGAGCUAUCCAGCUAAAUAAUUUGUUGUCUAGGUUUGAUAAACAUCCCCACUUCACAACAUACCAUCGUGUAACGUGACCAUGAGACGUUUCUCAAUUGGACGUAGACUAUUCCAGAACUUAGAUAAUGAGAAUGGCAAACUCACUAUGCAGCAGCUCAAAGCUAUGAAUGAGUUCAACAAGACCAAUCUGCAAAAGAAAGCGAAUAAAGUAGCACAUACUGAUCGUCAGAUUGAAAUUUUAAAGCUGGAAGCUCAAUUGGAAGAUAUUUCCGCAAGACUCGUCGAUCUCAAGACAGGCGGAAUUAACUAAUUUAUACUAUUUAAACAUUUAAUAACAUUCUUGUAAUGCCCCUGUAAUGAAUUUGUAUAUUGUUGAU